AUCUCCCUCUUCCCCCUUCCUUGACCCUCAGCAGCUGGUGCUCUUCCGCCGACAUGUGUCAAGAUUUGGGUCACUCCCUUUCGCCGCUUUCGGCAGACAAAAAGGGCCAAGUUGAAAAUACUAAACCUGGUAGGGCAUUGGUGGGAGAGUGCGAGGAGACAGAGAGACCGGUGAACAGCAGCAGCGGUAUCAUUAGCAAAGACAUGGAUGAAGUUGAUUUUGAUCCAAGCGCAUCGCCUCCUUUUAAGAUUGCUGACAUUCGAGCGGCCAUUCCUGAGCAUUGCUGGGUAAAGAAUCCAUGGAGGUCUCUGAGUUAUGUUGCUCGAGACCUCCUUGUAGUGGUUGGAUUUAUAGCACUGGCACUUCACUUUGACAAUUGGAUGGUUUGGCCAGUUUAUUGGGCUGCUCAGGGAACAAUGUUUUGGGCAAUCUUUGUUCUUGGCCAUGAUUGCGGGCAUGGGAGUUUUUCCAACAACCCAACGUUAAACGGUUUUGUGGGACACAUCCUGCAUUCAUCUAUUCUUGUCCCUUACCAUGGAUGGAGAAUCAGCCACAGAACUCAUCAUCAAAACCACGGAAAUGUUGAAAAAGAUGAGUCAUGGGUGCCGUUGCCGGAGAAGACGUACAAGAAUCUGGAUUACUCUACUAAGUUCAUGCGUUACAAGAUCCCUUUUCCGAUGUUUGCAUAUCCACUAUACCUGUGGAGCAGGAGUCCAGGGAAAACGGGUUCUCACUUCGACCCAUACAGCGAUUUGUUCCAACCCAGUGACAGGAAGUACGUGGUAACAUCAACCGUCUGUUGGACUCUGAUGCUUGUUUCCCUCUUCUGUCUAUCAGCAGUGUUUGGUGUCAUGCAAAUGCUUAAGAUCUAUGGCAUUCCCUACUUGGUAUUCGUCAUGUGGUUGGACUUUGUUACAUACUUGCACCACCAUGGCUAUGAACAGAAACUUCCCUGGUACCGUGGCCAGGAAUGGAGUUACCUGAGAGGCGGCCUUACCACGGUUGAUCGUGAUUACGGAUUGUUUAACAACAUUCAUCACGACAUUGGCACCCACGUUAUACACCAUCUCUUUCCUCAGAUCCCACAUUAUCAUCUAGUAGAGGCGACAAGGGCAGCUAAGCCAGUCCUAGGCAAGUACUAUCGAGAGCCCAGAAAAUCUGGGCCAAUUCCAUUGCACUUGAUUGAAAAUCUGGUCAGAAGUAUCAGUCAAGAUCACUACGUUAGCGACACAGGAGACAUCGUGUUUUACCAGACCGACCCAAAUCUCAACGGAUCCCAUCAUAAGAGCAAGGAUCAGUAACCCCCCCAAUCCCACGGAGUCUACGAGUUGCAGACCAGAGAAAUAAUACAAGGCUUUAGAGCCAUUCACAAUCUGUUUGGAGCCAACUUCUGGUCCUGAUGGCUCGACAAUUCAGCAGCUUUUUAUGAUAAUGUUAUACUAGACUAUAGUAUAGUUGAUAAGUACAACUUGCAUCUGUUCAUUAGAAGUUGGAACUAAAGUUUGCCAGUUUGGUGUUUUAAUUCCAUUGAAGAUGUAAUACUACCCAUUUUUGAGACAUUGAAAUUUGAAUUAAAUCGAGCUAAAGAAGCUAAAUUUUGUUCCUGUUUUA